AUGGUAGGACUUCAAAAAUUUUCGACUAUUAAUUUGAUAAGCGAGGAGUACCGAAAACAUCAAACUGAAAAAGGGGAAAGCUCGUUCGAAGAACCAGCCGCUGAUGAACGUGCAGUCCUCUACGGAAAUCUCUCCGCAGCGCUAAAAAAGCUUGAUAGAAUUGAAGAUGCUAUAAAAGCUGCUGCAGAGUCGCUACAGCUCAAAAGUGACUACCUCAAAGUCAGAAUACGCCGUGCCGAGCUUUACGAAGAAAAUGACCAACCACAUGAAUCGCUCGAGGAUUGGAAAGUCGUCGCCGAGCAAGAUCCGGCCAACAAUGAUGCAAAAAGAGCACUGAGGAGGUUGCCGCCCAAAGUCGAAAUCAAGAACGAACAAAUGAAGAAAGAAAUGAUGGAUGGACUGAAAAAACUUGGAAAUAUGUGUCUUAGACCGUUCGGCCUUUCUACUGAAAACUUCAAAUUUGAGGACAAUGGCCAGGGCGGCUAUAACAUGCAAUUUCAGCAAUAA